GCAAGACUAAUAUGGCAGCUGCGGAAGCAAAGGAUGACAUCUUAAAGAGUAUUCAGAGAAUAAUUCUGUCUUCUCAGCGGUGCUUCAAUAAUGAGGACGUUGAUUGUCAAAUUAUUUUACAAAAUUUACAAAAUGGAAUGCGAUCGCUGAAUUCUAUUAAAGAAUCUCUUGAUUUGUUGAACUUUAGAGCCAUACACAGCGCCAUUUCAGGAUUAAUAGAUCAAAUACAGUUAAAGAUGCGCAAUAAUACAGAAAGCUUCUCAUUUUCGGCACCAAGGGGAAACAAUUUGGGAAAUGGUGGAAGACCAAAAGUAAACAUCACAGAAGACCAACUGAAGAUGUUGCAUAAUUUGAAUUUUACUGCAAAGCAAAUGGCAGAACAUUUUCAAUGUUCUCCUGAGGUUGUUUACAGAAGGCUGAAAGCAAUUGGGCUGCACCAGAGGGACAAAUAUUCUACGAUGUCAGAUGAAGAGCUAGACAUAGAAGUUCAGGAACUCCAAAAAAAAUUUCCAAAUGCUGGAAGUGUGAUGAUGUAUGGUCUAUUGAGGACAAAGGGCAUACAAGUUCAAAGAAAGAGAGUCAGGGACAGCAUUUCAAGAGUAUGUCCAGUGCCUGUAGCUCAGCGUUUGGGAACAACAGUAUCGAGAAGACAAUACCAAGUUCAUAUGAGCAACUCCUUGUGGCAUAUGGAUGGCCAUAUGAAGCUUGCAAGAUGGGGCAUAUCAACACAUGGAUGCAUUGAUGGCUACAGUCGGAUUGUUGUGUUUCUAAAGGCAGACAUAAAUAACAAAGCUAAAACAGUUCUUCAACAUUUUGUAAAUGCCUGUGAGCAGUAUGGGAUCCCAUCUCGUGUUCGCUCAGAUUAUGGCAAAGAAAACAUCAUGGUAUCUAUGUUUAUUACUAUGGUAAACGGACAAGAUAGACAUAGCCAUAUCACUGGCAGGUCGGUGCAUAAUCAACGUGUUGAAAGACUUUGGAGGGAUGUUCAUUCUCAAGUGAUACAACAGUAUUAUGACAAAUUUUACAGAAUGGAAGACCAAGGCCUGCUGGAUCCCGAGAACAAAUAGACAUCUGCUUGCUGUCCAGUAUGCUUUUUUACAAGAUAUAAAUGCUCAGCUGGAAACCUUUAGAGCAGCAUGGAAUGACCACAAGUUAUCUUCAGAGAACAACUUGUGUCCUCACCAGCUCUGGAUAAAUGGUAUUUUAAAGAAUGUGAAUUCAUCCUGUAUGGCAGUAAGAAACUUGUAUGGACCUUCACUGAUACAAAUCAUGGAAGACUGCAUUUCAAAAUAUGAGAUUGAUCCUAAUCUCAACAUUGAAAGAGAUGUGGAGGAGAAUGCACUGACUAGAGCACAAGAGGAACAACUAAAGAAUAGAUUGGAAGGUGCAGCUACACCUGAACAGUGUUUUCAGAAUUGUUUAAACUAUUUUGAUGAGGUCCAAAUACUCUAAAUCAUGUAAAUUUGUGCUCAUUGUAAAUUAACUGAAAAGAUACCAAUCUAUUUUAUAGUUAAUGUAGCAAAAUUCUGGGCUUAACUUCAAAGUAAUAUUAAAGUUAUUUAUACUUGUUAUAUUUGACUACAAUGAUGUAUGUUUUCACUGAAAAAUUUAUAUUUCUUGCAGGAGGGAAAAUCAUUUCUUAAAAUUUGUUAUGAAAACUAUUGAAAAGAUGGAGAUAACUCGAUCUGUACAAGUGUACAAUUUUCAUAUUUUAAGGAGUGCCAUUUUAAAAAAUUAUAAUUUGAAGAUAUCAUCAUUUCUUUUAUUUGCAAAUGGUCAAGAAAAACUGAAAUCUUUAGUCAAAUUUCUGUGCAUGGGCAUUAAUGAAAUUGUUGAUAGGAUUAUGUAUUUGCUGAAUAAUCAAUUUUUGCUAUCUUCAAAUGAUUUCACAGUAAUGAUAUCAACAAGUAAAUUGAUGCGAGCUAUACGAAUUCGAUUAAAGACAGCAAUAAAACCAUAAA